AUGUCUCAGUUCGACGCUGCACCUCCCAAUACCUAUGCGGGAGGACGAGACGAUAAUCUCCGAAUCAAAGAUGGUGCUCUACCUAUCAACGCGAGUAACGAUGCCGAAGGGGAUUUCGAUAUGGUAGCGUACAAGAGGGAUACACCAUUAUGGAAGAGGAUCAAAGAUCACAGUUUGACGCAGAUGAUCUUAAUCAGUGUUCAAGCUUUCUGUGGUCCUGCCAUGGCAGACGCUAUCGCUGGGCUAGGAGGUGGUGGGCUGGCUAGUCCGGAAACUAAUAAUAUCGCGAAUGCUGUAUCAUACGCUGCUUUGGCUGGAGUCUGUUUCCUCGGUGGUCCCCUCGUCAACAAACUCGGAACCAAGUGGGCAUUACUCAUUGGUGCUUUGACUUUCCCUUUGAGAGGUGCUUCUUUCUAUACAAACAGUAAAUUCGGGAACCAAUGGUUUCUCAUUGUCGGAUCAUUCCUUGAAGGAUUCGGUACAGGUGCUUGGUACGUUGCCGAAUCAGGUACUAUCAUGUCGAUUGCACCAAGUGGGGCUAGAGGAAAAUACCUUGCUUUGUGGAUUGUUAGUAGAAACUUGGGUCAAUUGAUCGGAGGUGCUAUCAACUUGGCCAAGAACCAUAUUGAUGGUGUCGAAGGUGGUGUAACACCCGAUACAUAUAUUAUUUUCUUGAUCAUCGAAUGUUUGGCCAUCCCCUUCGCUCUCUUGAUCUCGCCCUUGGAUCAUGUUGUUCGAUCCGACGGUACCAGAAUCAGAGUCUCAGAGAAAGUAGGAACCGCUCAGGAAUUCAGAUUGAUCAAGAAAACUUGGAAGUCCAAACUCAUUUUGCUAUCUGCUCUAUGGGCCUUCUGGUCAUUCUUCUACGGAGGUUCGUGGAGUACAUAUCUCGGUCUAUACUUCAGUGUCAGAGCUCGUGCACUUUCAUCACUCAUUUCACCCUUCUUCUGCAUUGUCGGUUGUUUUGGGCUUGGAUUCAUCCUCGAUAUGAAAUCCCUGAGUCAACGACGUCGAGCUCAGGUGGGUUUAAUCACAGUCGUGGUCCUCAAUGCGGCAGUGUACAUCUGGUCAAUCGUCAUGCAAGUGAAAUUUAACAAGAACGACCCUGGGGCGAUCGAUUGGAGUGAUGGUCGAUAUCCAGCUUCGUUCUUGCCUUACUUCUUCAUCCAAACUACCGGUCCGUUAUCCCAAUCUUACAUGUACUGGCUGUUAUCCUCCUUCGCGACUGAUGCACAAUCAAAUGUAAGAAACGGUGCUGCGUUCAGGUGCAUGGAAGCUAUUGGACAAGCUGUCGCGUACGGUAUGAACAGUAAGACCGAUGAAAGUCCUUUGAUCGGAUUCUGUGUCACCUUUGGUCUUAUGGCCCUUGCACUCCCACCAUUCAUCGUGCUCGUCAAUAACACUCCUGACAGAAUCCCUGCGGACGUGAUUGCUGAAGAAGAGGCGACGGAGCACAAAUUGGAAGGUGGAUAUGAGAAGAAGGAUGAUCCUGUACAAGUGUCUGUCUUGGGAUAA